AUGUCCUUCGAGACGAUGCCACCCCACUUCUCCUUCAUCCAGGAGCAGCCUCACCACGCAGUCGCCUUCGACCGGGGCACACUUCAGUCCAAUGCCGCCGUCGCCGCGCCGCUGUGGCCGACGUCUCAGCAAGCGUGCCUGCUGCAGAGGUUCGCCGCUUCUCCGGCUGAUGCCACCGGACUGCCGUUCUUUCUUGGAGGCGGUGCUGCUGCUUCUCCGGUGGUGCCAGACAAUUCGGAGCCGAGGCUGCAGCUCUGGGACUUCAAGCAGGAACGGAAGACCUGA